AUGCUCAGCGCAAUCGUUCUCACGGCCAGUCUGCUCGCUGCACCAGCUCUCGCUGAUUUAGAGUCUGUGACAAGCAGUGGCCGCGAUCGAACCUACUGGGUCCACGAGCCGGAUGAUUUUGAAGAUGGACAAAUAUACCCGGCAAUCAUUGCGUUCCAUGGCAGUAGUGGGAUAGGCUUCAACAUUGAUGGAUUUGCCAUGGAGGCUGAUGUGCGAUUGUCAUUGCCUGCAAUUCCGACUGCCUAUUCUUCUGACCGAUACUUCAUCUACCCCGACGGCGUAAACGGCUACUGGGCUGGACCUACAUACGCCAACGUCUCCGUAGCCGAAGACCUGCAAUUCGUUAGCGACCUGAUCGACGACAUCAAGUCCAAAUACAGCAUCGACGGCAAUCGUAUCUAUGCGACUGGGUUAUCGAAUGGAGGCGGAUUCGUGGGAACCAUUGCAUGCAGUGAAGUUGGUGGACAAUUCGCUGCUUUGGCGCCCGUUGCUGGAUCAUUCUAUACGGAUGUUAAUGGUACGGAGUGUACGCCUGCAAGGUCACCAUUGCCAAUUCUUGAGAUUCAUGGUGGGAGUGAUCAGACGGUGUUUUAUGAAGGAGGUGAGGGUGAAGGGGGACCUUUGCCAGCUAUUCCUACAUGGCUUGGAUACUGGCAGCAACGAAAUGGAUGUACUUCCAACUCUACGGUAGACAGUGACAGUGGUAACGUGCAUCACACAUCGUGGAUCUGUGGCGGGCAAAACGGAACAUUGCAGCACUGGAAGGUUGAUGCGAAUGGACACGACUGGCCUUCGAAAACGAUCAACUUUGACAUGUUGGCGGCAGGAAUGGCCCUUGUGAAAGUUGUGUUCGCCGAGGCCUUUCUUUCUCUUGCGCGUAUCCGUGAUUCGAGACAGACGAAUGUGCUACCAGGGUCUUUCGCAGCUAUUUCAGACCUUCCCAAGGAUAGUGAUGGAACUAAUCCUGAUAACUCCAGUCCUGUUGGCCGUAUAGUCUUGGAUGCGAGCUCAUCAAACUAUGUGGAGAGUAUUCACUGGAGUGCCAUUCUAGACGGUAUGGCGGAGCUCAAGGAUUCCUUGACAGACAAUCGUGACCAGAAACAUCAGAUCCAUGAAUUACCGCAUACAUCGGAUGCUCAUCGGCCCGCAAUUCUGUUUGGUUCUUAUCGUUCUGCUACCAGAGAAGAAUUGCUGGCCUCUCUUCCACCACGGCAGGUAGUUGAUCACCUCGUGGCUUAUUUCUUUAAACAUGAUAUCAUUGCAACGACGAUCAUUCACGGUCCAGUGUUCAUGAAGGAAUAUGAGCAAUUCUGGAAGCAUCCUUUCCAAAUAUCUAUCAUCUGGAUUGGCCAACUAUUUGCAAUUAUAUCUCUAGCAUCAUGUCACAGAGAUCGACACGUCCCGACACCUCCAGACCUUCUCCGUUUUGAGCAAACGUACUGCGAAAAGAUCGUGCAAUGCCUCGUUUUGGGAAACUAUUCUUCGGGUCCACGAUAUACCCUGGAGACUUUUAUCCUCUAUCUCGACAUCAAAUAUCUGCAUUACGAAGCCAAUCGCAUCGAGACCUGGUUUGUUCUGGGUCUUAUUGUCCGCUUAGCAUUGCGCAUGGGCUACCACCGAGAUCCUUCUCAUUUCCCUCAGAUAUCACCUUACGAAGCAGAGAUGAGGCGGAGGACAUGGGCAUAUAUUGUUCUCUAUGACAUUCUCAUGUCUGGACACGUCGGUCUUCCGCGGAUGAUUCACGAAGAACAAGCUGAUACUGCCGAACCGCGCAAUUUGUAUGAUGAAGAUUUUGACUGUAACAGCACGGUGUUACCACCCGCCAUACCCGACGCGAUCAUUACUCCUGUCAUUUUUCUUCUUUCGAAGAAGCGGGUGGCUUCUAUUUAUGGAAUGAUAUGUGACCUGACUACCUCGGCGAAUCCGAAACCUCCCUACGAUCAGGUUCAGCGUCUACAUGAACUUCUCGACGAGGCAUAUUCUAGUAUCCCUGCAACUCUAAGAUGGGAAGCAAUAUCCAUUUCACCUCCUAAUACUCCUCAGCUCAUUCUACGCCGAAUAUUUCUUAGAACUCUGCUACAUACCGCGAAAUGCAUUUUACACCAAAAACAUAUGCUCCUAGCACGUACCGACCACCGCUACGCAGCCUCUCAAUCGAUCUGUUUAGACGCCGCGAUUGAGAUUCUGUGCACUCAGAAAACUUUUCAUCAUGAGUUACAGCUAGGCGGAAGCCUAUAUGGGUUUAUCUGGAAGAUCCCGUCACUGCUGAACAGCGGCUUCUAUCUUGCAACAACACUACUAUGUUUAUAUGUCAAACUCAGUAUUUCAGGCGAACCCUCACCGAAAAGUACCACAAUGACAGAGAAUCUACAACUAGAUAGGGGUAUACAAGCCUUGUACGAUGCCUAUAUGAUCUGGAUGCAAGCAAGUCCUAUUUCGAGGCGGCUCCUGCAGCCAUCCGACAUGACUCGUUCUGGGGAUGCUAUCACUUCUACCACUCCUGACCCGAAACGGCUUCCGCUGCCGGGUUGGGAACUGCUGGAGAUGGCAUGGCAUCUUCAACGGGUUGCGGCCAUGAGCGGAAUUACCAAAGAUAGCGGAAAUCCCUACUAUUUCGACGAUGGUAUCCACGACUCCAACGCGAAAAUCGCAACCAGCCUGCCUGCAGGCAUGGUAGCCGUCUUCGUCGGAGCCACCAGCGGCAUAGGCGAAUACACCCUCAAAGCAUUCGCACAGCAAACCACUACACCCACGAUAUACCUCGUUGGCAGAUCCGACACAGCGGCAAAGCGUAUCGUUGCCGAGUGCAAGGGCAUCAACCCUGGCGGGAAAUACAUCUUCAUCAAGUCGGAUGUCAGUUUACUGAAGAAUGUGGAUGAAGUAUGUGAGCAGAUACUGGCGAAGGAGGAUUCUAUCAAUCUUUUGUUUCAGACGCAGGGAACGAUGGUUCUUGAUAAGACGUCAGAAGGUCUACCAAUCGUAUACGUCCUGCCCGUUACGUCUCGCAUCCUGUUUGCAAUCAACCUUCUCCCCGCCCUUCAAAAAGCACAAUCCCUCCGCCGCGUCGUCUCCGUCUUUGCAGGCGGUUAUGAAGGGUACUUUGAUCACACCCAAUGGUCCGAAUUCGCAGCCAAGAAGCCAAGCAAAUCCCGAGGCCAUAUAGCAUCGAUGAUAACAAUUGCAAACAAUGUGAUGGCUCGGCAAGCACCCGACGUCUCAUUUAUUCACAUCUACCCGGGAGGCGUGAAAACGCCUUUUGGUAAGGAUGCGAAAGGUGGUAUGGCUGUGGCGAGGAUGACAUUUAAUUUGUUUGGGUUUUUCUUUAUCGACUACCUUCCUCCGGAUGAGUGUGGUGCAAGAGAGUUGUAUUGUGCUACUAGUGCUCGGUUUCCGGCCGCAGCUGCAGCUGCUGUGACUGAUGGGGUGCCUCUUUCAAACAGCGUUACCGUUGCUAGAGGCACGGAUGGUAGGCCCGGCAGUGGCAGCUAUACUAUCAACUUUGACGCUGAGAACGUCUCUUUUGAUGUUGACAAGCAUCUGGCUCGGGCCCGGAGGGAUGGGAUGGAAGAGAAUCUGUGGGCGCAUAUCCUGCAGGAAAUUGAACAAGCUACAGGAAAAUCUCGUUGA